ACAAACCUUUGCAGCACCGACCAGGAAGAAAUUUCAGCCAAGUGGCCGGCGCCGCGGAGGCAGAAGUGCAGGCAGCGCGCAACUACUGUCUCGAUCUUCUCUCGUAGGAGCACAAUACAAUCCCCCAGCUUUCCGGAACCGGGCAUGUCAUGCCAUGACUGACGCUUGACGCAGGAAAUACGACCGACCCUCAUAUACCCUCAGCACGUUCAUCCCGCGAAAUGCCCAGGCCGCGUAUCUCGCCCUGCGCGCCCUCAACGUCUCCCUCUCCAUGAUCCCCGACACCACCUCGUCCCCUGCAAUCGGCCUCAUGCGCUUCCAGUUCUGGCGAGAUGCCGUCGCCAGAACCCUCGCGGGGUCCCCGCCCAAGGAACCCAUCGCGAUCCUCCUCGCCUCGGCCGUCGCCGACCUCCACCAGCGAACCCAGGGCUCCGCGCGCCUCAGCAAGAACUGGCUCACUCGCAUGAUCUCCGCGCGCGAACAAACCCUCACGAAUGACCCGUACCCCAGUCUUGCCGCCCUGGAGACCUACGCGGAAAACACCUACUCCACAGUCCUCUAUCUGACCCUCUCGGCUCUCCCUAUGGCCUCGGUCACCGCCGACCAUGUCGCCUCGCAUAUCGGCAAGGCCGCCGGGAUUGCCGCCGUGCUCCGUGGAUUGCCGUUGGUCGCGUUCCCUGCUGCUGCUGCACCACAGCAGCCCAAACAAGCCGUCGCCGCCGCCGCCGCCGCCGCCGGGGGGGUGAAGCAAGGCGCCGUGAUGCUCCCCUUGGACGUUAUGGCCCAGGCCGGCGUAAAGGAGGAAGAGGUGUUCCGACAGGGGGCCGACGCACCCGGUCUGCGCGAUGCGGUGUUUGCGGUCGCCACCCGCGCCAGCGAUCAUUUGAUUACCGCUCAGCAGAUGCUGGGCAAUCUUCGCGCGGGCCAAGAUGUCGGCCAUGCCUUUGAGCAUGAGGGGGAGGAGGGCCACCAGUAUGAGGUGGUUGCCCCGGACGCACGCGGCGAUACGCCUCUCGACGAGGUGAACCGCGCCUUCGGUGUCUUCCUUCCUGCUGUGGCUACGCGUCUCUGGCUCGAUAAGCUUGAGAGUGUGGAUUUUGAUAUCUUCAAGCCGGAGCUCCUCCGGUCCGACUGGAAGCUGCCGUGGAAGGCUUACAUGGCGUUUAACCGCAAGUCUCUAUGAAUGUUGUAUGGACGAAUUACAUAUUAAAGAAUGUUAUCAUUCAUUGUACAAUAGAAACUUCAUUCAUUGUACAAUAGAAACUUAUAUAUAUAUAGGCAGCACCCGCGUUGUAGGGUUUCUUUCAUGC